AUGUUCAAGAAAAUCGCACACAACUCGACUAUCCCAGCGUUGGGCGGAAACACGGAAUUAAGGCCUUUACAAGAUCUGAUAACUGCUGAAAAAGCAGUUCUUAUCUUGUUACAAAAGCUUUCCGUAGACUAUUCGAAAGCCGCUGAAGCUUUACGCGUCUGGGGGACAAGUGAGGGUGACGAUCUCGGUGACAUCCUAUCAGCAUCAACAACCCUCCUAUCCCACUUCUCCACCGCCCUAGUGCACUACAGCACCCACGCGCACACUUUAAUCCGAGACAACCUCAAAGCCAUCCGAACGCGCGAAGAGUCCCUCGAAGACCUCAAACGCCGUCGACGAACCGUCCACCGUAAAGCAGACGACGCGGAGAAGAAGCUGGGAAAGAUGGGGUCGGAGCAUAAGCACUUACAAGUGCAGAACGAGUUAUUGAACAGGUUGAAUGCGGAGAUUAGGGCUAUGGAUGGGGAGAUUAUGAGUGAGGAAACGGGGUUGGGUGAUUUUAAGAGGAGUACGGUUAGGGUUGUUAUGGGGUUGAAGUUUGGGGGGUUGGUUGAGUGUUGUGAGAAGGGUGUUAUUGUAGGUGAAUAUGGGAAACUAGUAACCGCCGAAAUUCCAGAAGAGACAACUCAACCAGGCACACCACGAAGCCUAUACUACGGACACGCAAAAACCGAAUCACUACUCGUAGAAGCCACCCGCGCACUCUCCGACGUUCAACUAUCCACGGUCCCAGGGUCGCUAACGCAGCCUCGUCAUCGGUUCGACGCCAAGCUUCCCAGCUUACCCACGGACGACGCCGAUGACGUUGGGAGUAACAGCAACGUGUGGGCACCUGAAGAUUCGUCGAGUUACGUCCCUCCGAUAAUGACGACAACUGGCGCUGGGGGGUCGUUCUUCCCCUCUCAAUCACAACCCUCUUCCCCCUUCUCUCACGCCCCACCACACCAAGGGACAGUAGACGAUUUCGGCGUCCUCCCCCCACGCUCGUCGAUCGAUACAGGAGGGGGUGGGAGGUUCGCUACGUUCCCCGUAAAGACUCGUGAUAGGGAGGGCGGUGGUGGUGGUGUGGGAUAUACACUACGUGACGACCCUAUAUCUCCCAGCUCAAUGUCGAGAUCACUCAACAACACUACAACAACGGAGCCACCCUCGCUCACCACGAACACGCGACACGAACUCGGCGUGUCAUUCUCGAUGUCUGUAGCUGAGGCGUUGGGGAGUGGUGGGGUUGAUGAGCAGCCGUGGGCACGGACCAUGAGUGAGGGUGAGCCAACGUCGGCGAUACAGCCUUUACCGCCUGGCGCUGCGCCCGCCUCUGUUCCGGAGGGUGUCAACCCUUGGAGUUUGGGGGUGGGAGGACAGACGCUCAGUCCGUCUGGAACACAAGCGCAUGUGGGGAGACAAGGAAGACACGUAUCGAACCAUUCGAUCGUGUCUGAUGAUGAUGAUGCGCUGUUGGCGUAUAUGUUGAAUGCGGACGCUGAUGCUGAUGCGGAUGAUCGGGAGGGUUUGGGUGGGGGAGGGCGUUCGUUGACAGCUGCUCAGCCCACACCUUCGACGACGCAGGGAACCAACGCAUUGACGGAGGGCGGGGAGAGGGAGCGGGAACCGAGCAGGCACGUUAGGUUCGGUGGUGGGACUGGUCAUGAGCCUGGUGAAGCGGAGGAGUGGAGGCGGUCGUUGGAGGAGAGAAGGUCGGAUGCGAGUCCGCUACGGCAGGGUGAGGUGGAUCAUGAUAAAGGUCUACCAGCUGAGACGACUAAUGCAGCUCUCCCAAUGUCUCCUCCACCCUCGACUAUCAACACCGACGCCUCUUCUUCUCUCAACCAAGGCAAACGUAUCCCUCCGCCCUCUCUCAACCCACAGGAAGAAACACAAGGGGGAGGGGAAGACGAGAGAGCGUUGAACGCAGCUGUUGCGAGAGAGAUAAGUCGGGAGAUGGAUCAAUUGGCGUUUAACCCCCCUUCGGCUUCCGUGGCGAGCACUCUGGAUCCUGAGGGCGAACAUGAACGUGGUCGACCGCCUUUCCUUGGUGGUGGUGUGAAUCAACAACAACCGAGCAGAGAACCAUCCCCUCUCUUACCGCCUUCUGCGCCUUUUGCGAAACGCGCUGUGUCGCCUCAUCCGUUUGCGGAGCUGAAUCCGGGGGGAGGAGGAGGAGGGUAUUCGCAGACGCAGACGCCGGCACAGUCGUAUGUCCAAUCGUAUCAAGCCCAACAACAACAACCAUACCCUUCGUACACCCAACAACAGCAAGCACCAACAAGUCCAGCACAGGCGUACGCGCAGGCGUAUCAGACCCAGGCACCCCCAAACGCUUCCUCCUCCUCAUCACCCUCUUCAACAGCACAGUAUACGACGUCGAAUCCAUUCGAUAACCCACACGUACACGAAAACAACAACAAUACCCUGGCGUACCCCUCACGCACGAAUUCGAAUUUACCACCGAGAUUACAAGCUCUCAGUCAGCAGUCUCAACAACAACAACAAUCUGCUGGGGGAGGGGCAGGGGGAGAUGCAGCGGUGGUGGUUCCACCACGAUUCCAGUCGUCGAGGUCGAAUUCGCCUGUUCCGCCUAGGUUCCAGCAGGUUCCGUCAUCUGGAGACCAUCCUUCGUCACCGCUCUCGGAUGCGUCGUAUCGCACACCAGGGGAAUAUCCGCGUACAUUGGGCAGUACCCCUUCUUUGGUUGGAGGUGCCGCUGCUGGUGGGGCGAGGACGAUAUCAGCAGCGGCUUUCAAAAGACCCAUACCCCACAAAUCGACAAGCUAUGAUUCAUUGGGGGGCACGGGGGGGACGGCGCCAUUGAGUGUGUCGAUGAAGAAACCGUUACCGUUACCUGCACCUUCAUCGCUUUAUCCCGCACAACAACAGCAGCGAGGACAUCAGAGGGAGGUGUCGGCGGAUGAUGAGUAUGAUUAUAUUGGUGCGUAUAUGGGGAGUGAUUCAGGGAGUCCUGUGGUGGCUGAGUAUGCAGGAGCAGGAGGAGGAGGGGGAGGGGGAGGAAGAGGAGGGCAGGGUGGGUAUGGAGAAGGGAAGUUUGCGACUGAUUUGGAGGGGCUGAGGUAA